AUGAUAAACAUUGUGCUGUCAUAGCGGAAGGAGCGUAAAUGUUUUUAUUAAUUAACGUCAUAGUAAAAUGCACGUUAAACCAACCACCCAACGAAGAGUAAGUGGACCUGGAGCAUUUGGAACAUACACCGACCAAUGUGCUAGCAGAGAAAACUUGUAUAGUAGCGAUCAACAACAACAGCAACAAAAUCAUCAAUUUAAACAACAACAACAACUAAAGCAACAACAGCGCCAACAACCGCAACACCAUUCGCAUCAACAUUUGCUGCGCCAGUCUCUGAUCAACCUUACAAGCGCUCAGAACACACAGACUCAGACUGCUCCUCUGUACAGUAGUCAUUCGGAUAAUAACAGUUAUUGUAGUGCCGUAACCACACACGAAGGAGCUACCACUUCCGAUCAAGAACAACAACAUCACCACCACCACCAGCAACAACAACAGCAACACUAUCUGCAGCAGCAACAGGUUGGUGAUCACAGUAGUAGCGGUAGUUAUCGGUCGCGUAAUACGUCGCGCAAAAAUAGUGAUAACGUUUCGUCUUCUACGCGUAACCAACUGCACAAAUCGAUAUCGUGCAGUUGUGAGUCCCUUAAAUGUGCAUUAGUUGCUAGUGAUUCGUUACCGGCUGCCACAUCCACGACCAACACCACCACCCACACCACUAGUGCUAAAAGUGCAUCACGCAACUUUUACGGUCUCAGUACCGACAACGACAACGAAUUCUUACUCGACAGCGAAGUUAAGCCACACCGAGAGGAGAAAGGCAGUGACUUCGGCAAGCCUAGCAGGGUAGGCGGCAACGCCCACACCACCUGCCCCCGAAGUUCAACAGGUGAUGAUCAUCACUCACUCCAGUACGAGACAUCAUCAGCAGGCUUACGCUUUAGCAGCGUUUCGAAACAGAACUCCUACGAUAGCGGUUCACCGCAGCUGUUGACCCUUGCGGACGCCAAUCAGCGUUAUCAUCAGCAGCAACACAGUCCAACCAGUCGCCUCUCGUACAGCCCCAACAGCAAGAGUAGUAGCUUGGCCAUAGCCGAUGAUUAUCAGGAUUCACAGCAGACACAGGGUGAUUUCAAACAUCUAGUCGUUCAUAAUUUAAGCAGCUCGGAUCCGCUAAGCCAAACCAGCAGUUAUAGUCAUCAUCAUCUGGAGGACACCAACAAUUGUCCACUGCUAAAGACACACUACAGUGAUUGUAAUAUUUAUGCCAAGAACGAAUUAGAUUCACAGUCGCAGCAACCGGACAAACAGCAAUUGGUCAAUAAGGCCUACAUAUUCAAGUGCAUUGGGAAUAGUCCGUCAUUCCUGAAGACCAAUAAAAUCAAAGAACAGUCGCGCAAAUUGCGAAACCUCUCACUGAAAACUCAUCCUACGGGCAAGAAAAAGAAUCAAAUACUAGCCAAGUCAAACGCGGUGUCCGACAACUCUCUGAAUCCGGGAGACAAGUAUCUCAACCUCUACCUGGUGGAGAAGAAACAGCAGCAGCAACAACAGUCGACUUCAACUUCACCAUCAGUGGCUUCCGGACACCAAGUGUCGCGACACAGUACUCCUUACAUAGUGAACGGUGCUGUCAAGUCCUCAUAUCCCACAUAUCGUUCCUCAAUUAAAAGUGAAACAGCCGUAAGUGCCGUCUUAGCAGCAGCCGCCGCAGCAGCCGCAUCAGCAAACAGUAGCAACUCCUAUUUGCAACAACAGCAACAAGUAUUUGGCGGCAAUAGUAGCAGUGUCAAUUAUCUAUCCUCCAACCCGAACUCCUCCUCCUCCACCAGCAAACAACAACUGCAACAGCAGCAGCAGCCGCCGCACCAGCAGCAAUAUAAAACAGCCAAAAUUAAUAACAAAGGCUGCAAUCUGGUCAACAACGGCAACAAACUUAGUGUUAGCACUAAUUCGUGCAAUCGCCUACAUGCCGGCUCACCCCAUGCAAUAUCACCGAAAAGUUCUCUAUCGAGUAACGGACACCUCAAUAAGUAUUGUCUGACCGAUAUAAGUCGGCGCAAAACCGAAUUCAAUCGACAGCUUAGUGCACCGACUGAUUACACCCAUCACUCAUCCAGUAACGGUUCACAUCAGUCCACCAACGAAGUCGUUGGCGGCGAAUCAACAUCGACCGUUGCCAGUGCCGGUGUCAAGUCACCCGCGUACUUGCAACAACACUCGUUACCCAAUCAACAGCAGCAACAACAACUACAACAGCAGCAGCAGCAACAACAACAAACACCACAUACAACACACUAUCAGCCACAUUAUCAUCAGCACCAUCAACAUCAUCACCAGCAACAGCAGCAACACCAGCAUCCCCAUCACCAACAACAACUACUACAACAGCAGCAACAUCACUAUCAACACAGUCAACAGCACCUUCCACAACAUCACUCAGCAACAGUAUUAACGAAACCAACAUCGAACUCGUGUACGAACAGUUUCAAUAGACGCCACAUCAAACGUCAGAAAAAUACGAAAUUAAAUGAAAGACUACUACGUCGUGAUAGUGAAGAUUCCUCUGUUCGAUGCUCGUACUGUUCAGUACUAAAUGUCAACGAGAACGAUUUAAGGAGAUCAUUUGAGAAUACCUGCACCGAUUCAUUGGUAACAGCUUUUGAUGAUGAGGCUUUACUAAUAUGCGACCAAGGAAACGAAAUGGUUCACUUUGAUGACGUAUCGUUGUACGGGACUCCGAAAGAGGAGCCAAUGCCUUCCAUCCCCAUUGUUUCGGAAAAAGUUUCAGCGAAUUUCUUAAAAAGUCAAUUGCAAUCAUGGUUUCAACCGACCGACAAUCGGUUGGCUAUGAAAUUAUUUGGCAGCCGCAAGGCCUUAGUCAAAGAAAGAAUACGUCAGAAGACUUCCGGACAUUGGGUUAUUCACCCAUGCAGUUCAUUCAGGUUUUAUUGGGACCUUUGUAUGCUUUUAUUAUUAGUAGCAAAUCUUAUUAUCCUGCCAGUCGCAAUAUCAUUCUUCAACGAUGAUCUAAGCACACGAUGGAUUGCCUUUAACUGCCUAAGUGAUACUAUUUUUUUAAUAGAUAUUGUAGUCAAUUUUAGAACAGGAAUUAUGCAACAAGACAACGCUGAACAAGUUAUUUUGGAUCCCAAGCUUAUAGCCAAACACUAUUUAAGAACAUGGUUUUUUCUUGAUUUAAUUUCAUCGAUACCAUUGGAUUAUAUAUUUUUGAUUUUUAAUCAAGUAAGUAGGUUGAUAAAACAGAUCGCAUCGUCGUUAAUUCAGAUUAUGAAAUUGCAGGACUUCUCCGAUUCCUUUCAAAUUUUACAUGCCGGUCGUGCCCUACGAAUAUUACGCUUAGCUAAACUCUUAUCAUUGGUCCGAUUGUUGCGCUUGUCCAGGCUGGUGCGCUACGUAUCACAAUGGGAGGAAGUAUAUUUUCUAAAUAUGGCAUCGGUGUUUAUGAGAAUUUUCAAUCUGAUAUGUAUGAUGUUGCUAAUUGGUCAUUGGAGUGGUUGUUUACAAUUUUUAGUGCCAAUGUUACAAGGUUUUCCCUCAAACUCAUGGGUAUCAAUCAAUGAAUUGCAGGAGUCAUAUUGGCUGGAACAAUAUUCAUGGGCUUUAUUUAAAGCAAUGUCACAUAUGCUAUGCAUAGGUUAUGGCAGAUUUCCGCCCCAAUCUUUAACCGAUAUGUGGUUGACAAUGUUAUCCAUGAUAUCGGGUGCUACAUGUUAUGCUUUGUUCCUGGGUCAUGCUACAAAUCUUAUUCAAAGUUUGGACUCGAGUAGACGUCAAUAUCGCGAAAAAGUCAAACAGGUCGAAGAGUAUAUGGCGUAUCGUAAAUUACCGCGCGAUAUGCGUCAACGUAUAACCGAAUAUUUCGAACAUCGUUAUCAAGGUAAAUUCUUCGAUGAAGAAUGUAUAUUAGGAGAAUUGAGCGAAAAAUUAAGAGAGGAUGUUAUCAAUUAUAAUUGUAGAUCUCUCGUUGCGUCAGUGCCUUUUUUUGCAAAUGCUGACUCCAAUUUCGUUUCUGAUGUUGUUACAAAACUUAAAUACGAAGUAUUUCAACCAGGUGAUAUUAUUAUAAAAGAAGGUACGAUUGGUACCAAAAUGUAUUUUAUACAAGAAGGUGUGGUCGAUAUUGUUAUGGCCAAUGGAGAGGUGGCAACAUCUUUAUCGGAUGGUUCUUAUUUCGGUGAAAUUUGUUUGCUAACAAAUGCCAGACGUGUGGCCAGUGUGAGAGCUGAAACGUAUUGUAAUUUGUUUUCUUUAAGUGUAGAUCAUUUCAAUUGUGUGCUGGACCAAUAUCCUCUCAUGAGAAAAACAAUGGAAACAGUAGCAGCCGAACGUCUUAAUAAGAUUGGCAAGAAUCCUAAUAUAAUGCAACAAAAGGAUGAACAAUUAAGCAAUCCAGAAUCAAAUACAAUAACAGCGGUGGUCAAUGCUUUAGCAGCGGAAGCGGAGGAAUGUAAAGAUGACAGUGAGAUUGAUCCAAAGGAAAAUUUAUUACAUGGUUCGAUGUCAAGCAUAGCAGAGCCCAUACAAACAAUACGUGAAGGUUUACCCCGUCCUAGAAGUGGUGAAUUUCGUGCAUUAUUUGAGGGCAAUACUCCAUGACACUGAGAAAAAUUAUCAACGGCAUCGACACCCACACUACAAUUGCAUUAUUAUCAUAAGCAUUUGUUGGCAUUUAGUGUCUGUGGUGUUAGAAGAGCAACACUGUGAAAUAUUAACAACAACAAAAACAACAUCAAUCUUUAUUAUCAACAACAACAGCAACAAAACCUACAACAUAGUUAUCAUCAGCCGCAGCAGCAGAAGCAUUAGCAAAACGCAGUAAAUUGUUAUUUAUAUUCAAGCCUCAUAUAUUGCUAUUUCAAGCAGCCUUUUAUAAAAAAAAAUACCUAAAGAAAAUACUUAAAACUAAAGGAAAAAUACAAUAACAUUAAAAGGAAUCUUUUGACAGUUUUCAAAUUCUUUCUUUUUUGUUGAGUUUUAUCAUUCCUUUAUAAGAAUUUUUAACACUUAGCUGUCAAUUAUUUAAUUAAUUCCUUGUUAAUUAUUGUGUUUUUCUGGCCAGUUUUUCUCCAAAAAAAAAUAUUAUAUAUAUCAUGCUUUAACACCAAAUUAUCUAGCGGUUGCUUUAAAGUCCAUUUUAAGUUCAAUUCCAUAUGAAGUAACAGUAAAACAAAAAACAACUAAUAAAACACAAUCAAAACGAUAGACAGACCGACAAACUAUUAACGAAUUAUUAAACAAUAAAACUAAUAGAGAACUAAUAAUUUAAAAAACAAACAAAAAAUGUUUAAGUUUUUACACUACACUACAUACUAUAUUAUACUCAUAUUAACUCAAAUAACAACAGUAACAAUUACAAAACCCUACCUACUACAUACAUCAACAAUACAUUAAUUACUUACAUACAAGGAGAUAAACUGCAAUUAAUAACAUUUAACAAAAAUAAAGUCCUCAAUAAUUUAAAUAAACAAAAAAAUAAUAACAAAUUUUUUCAGCUCCGCAAACUGUGAUGACUUAAGUAUAAGAAACGACAUUAAUUAAAACAAAUAAUAAUAAUAAAACCAAACAACAAAUAAUUAAAUGAACAACAAAAAUUAUUCAAGAAAUAAUAAAGAAUUAAACUAACACAAAAACAAACAAAAACUUAAAGCAAAUUGAGAGUUAAACGAAAUGAAAAAUUCCCAAAAAUUCAAAAAAAAAAAAACAAUUAAUAGAAUCUGCAUUAUUUUCAUGUUUGCCAAGGAAUUAGAAUUUUUCGAUUUUUUCCAAACAAAAUAAAUUGAAAAUUUUAUUUGAUUUGAUUUCCAACUCUUAUAAGCUAUUUUUGAAUUCAUGAUUAUUUUGUAUUACCAUCAAUUUAAAUAUAAAAUUAUAUUGAAAUUAUUGAUUUGGUAGGCUAAACACAAAUUUCUAACCGCACUAAUUUUGAUAAUUGAAACGUUAAUAAAGAUCUGUGUUUGCUACAGAGGGUCAGAAUUUCUAACAACAGAGGGCAAAUUCUCGCAUUCGUAAUCGAAAUAAAUUUCGAAUGCUUAUUAUUAAAAUGUCUAUACAUUUUAUUCGAUAUCGAAUAAGAGAAUACCAAAAAUAAAUAAAAAUAAUCGCGAGAAUUAUCCCCAAAACUCAUUAAAGAAAUGAGGCCGAAUUACCGAAGUGAUAAUUUCUAACAAAAAUACUUUAUUCCAUCGCCAAACUUCCGAAAUUCAAUUGAAAAUUCUGAAAUAUAAUUACAAACUUCUGAAAUAUAUCUGGAUAUUCCUGAAAUUAAAUUGGAAUUUUCUAAUAUACAUUUAGAAACUUGUGAAAUACAAUUGGAAAUGGUGUAGUACUGGCUUUAUUUACAUGUUUUAUAUUUAAAUUGAUAUCAAUGUGUCUUUAGACUAAAAUUUACCCAUAACAUCUGAAUAGCAAAUGAUAUUUUCCUAUAUUAUUAGUAUAGUAAAUGUCGUAGAUUAAAUUAAUAAUUUUGAAAUUAACUCCUUCAACUUUUGGAACUCACAACAAAAAAAUUUCAACAAACUUUACGAAUUUAUUACAUAUACAUAAUUUUAUUAAAUGAAUUUAAAAUAUUUCCAUGAAAACCUACAAAAAAAAACAUGGUUAAGAUUUUCAUUACUCUCUCUUUUUCCUUAAGACAAAAUGGAAACUAAUGUAGAUGUCACGCAUAUAAAAUUAUUAAAACUAUAAAAAGAACAUGAAGAAAACCAAAAUGACCUAAACAAAGAAAGAAACAAAAAAAAAUUAAAGAACUUAUUGUUUUGUAGAUUAUUUUCCUAAAUUUUCAUUUAACAUUAAACUGAAACCACCUGAUGUUUUAAGUUGAUUAUUAGUAGAGUAAACCAAACAUAAUUUUUGCAAUAGGAAUAGUAGAAUAUUAGAAUAAAUAGUCAAUGAUUAAAUAUUAAACAAAACCAUAGUUAAGCCUUCCCUUCAAAAUAUUCAAAACUGUCUCUAUCACUCCCUGUCACUCUGUCUCUCUCUCUCUCUGUCUCUAUCUGCCACUAACUAAACCAAACUCUGUCAUACUCAUUUCCAAAACCUAAUACUCCUAACCUGCUCCUUCUAUAAACCAUAACAUGAACAAAAAAAUCAAUUUAAUAUAAAUAUAUUUUAAAAAAAACUAGCCCUCCUAUUAAAAACAUUUUACAAAAACAAAAAUUUCCUACAAAAACAAAAUGUAUUUUCAUUAAAUGAACAUAUACACAACAUACUAAAAUAAAAUAACAAAACAAAACAAAAACUACAUAAAUACCUAAAAUAAAACAAAAAACAUUUAGUGAAGUAAACAAACAAAAAAAAUAAAAUAACAUUAAAAUCAUUAACCAAUAUAACAACAAAAUAAUAACUAAACUAAACAACAACAAGAAAAGAAAAAUGUUAAAUCAAUAUUAUGAGUAUAGAAAAAAUUAUUAUAUAAAAACUAAUCAUUGUUAUAAACUGCAAAAUAAAAACAAAAACAAAACAAAAAA